AUCAGUUUGUCUCGCAGUCAGCUAAAUAUAACAAUUAGUCUACAACAUGUUCGCUAAAAUUGCUCUCGUCGGCCUCGCUGUCGCUGGAGCCCGCGCCACUCACCUUGGCUAUGGUCACGCUGCCAUUGCCGGUCCAGUUUAUGGCCAUGCUUUAGCUGCUCCUGCAUAUGGUCACGCUCUCGCUGCCCCCGCGGCCACUUACGGACACGGAUACGGCCAUGCCGCCCUCGCCGCCCCCGUGGCUAAGGUCGCCCAUGCUCCCGUCGUCUCCUCAUACUCGACCAUAACCAAACACGUAGCUCAUGCUCCUGUCGCCAAGGUUGCUGCCGCCCCCGUUUUUGCUGCUCCGGCCCACGGCCAUGCCACUUACGGGUAUCACGGAGCUGCCCUAGCCGCCCCUAUUGCCAAGGUUGCCCAUGCUGCGCCUGUCUUGGCUGCCCCCGCUUACAGCUCCUAUGGAGCUCAUCUUGCCCCCCCUGUGGCUAAAAUAGCUCAUGCUGCUCCCCUCGUCUACGGCCAUGGAUACGGACAUUAUUAAGCAGUUAUCUAAAGGCAGACUGUGAUACAAUUUGUAGAUUUGUAAAAAAUGAAAUAAAAAUACUUAUUGUCGAACAAACGAUGACAAAUUU